GCCUAUCACAGAUAUCUUCACUAGCGACACAUGCAUUGACCGGAGAAAAUGCCACCGGACAGUGCCUAUGAAGGUGCUUGCGCUUGGCGUGGGAAGAACUGGUACUGCGUGUAUGUUCUGUCUCCUGUGAAUUCAAGCCGUAUGCCAGCCGUCUGACGGUUUACUAGCCCUCCGCAAGGCCCUUGAGAGAUUGGGAUAUGUCAAAUGCUACCACAUGAUGUCCGCCAGCGUGGAGAACCCUCCUGACUGUCUGAUGUGGCACGAUGCUCUCUGCGCCAAAUACGACGGUGUGGGUGAGUUUGGCAGAAAGGAAUGGGAUCAGUUGCUGGGAGACUGCCAGGCUGUCUGCGACUGGCCUGCUUGUGCCUUCGCCAAAGAGUUGAUCGAAGCCUAUCCCAACGCCAAAGUCAUUCUGUCGACCCGUGAUGUGGACUCGUGGCAUGCUUCCGUCAUGAAGACCGUUUUCUGGCGUGUCACCGACCCUGAACACCGCCUCGUUUCCCACUUCAGCUGGGCCGCCAGCAUGUACUACCCCAUGCUGAACAAGUUCUUCGAGACGUUCUUCCGUGGCGACUUCCCCAACAAGGGCAAGCAGGUCUACCUUGAUCACGUGGAGGAGGUCCGCAGCCUGGUUCCUCCGGAGAGACUGCUCGAGUACCAGAUCAAGGAUGGCUGGGGACCGCUGUGCGAGUUCCUGGGCGAGGAGGUCCCCGACACUCCCUUUCCCCGUGGAAACGACAUGGCGGACUUCUUCAACCGCUGCCGCACUCGCAACAGACGUCAAAUGAUGAACGCCGCUCUGCAGGCUGUCACCAUGGGUGGGGCCUUACUGGCGACUGGGGUUGCUGCUGCCAUGGUUUUCAAGCGCUUCUCCCGGUAAUGAUUUUCAUUUUUCCUAUUUCGUCCGACAUGUGCGCUGGCGCCAUGGAUCUUUGACCUGUCACCCGUUUCAGGCUUUGAACAUUACUUUAAUCUCUUCAAAAUAUGUUUUAUGUUGAUUCCCUAAUGUUACCUCUGGUUUGUCCACCUUCGUUUUGAUCGGGGUUUGAUCCUCAAUGCACAUUGACAAAUGAUAUCUUCCCAUCUGGUCGUGGUGCCUUGUCUAAGACCGUGCGGUGGAGAAAUUGCUUGGCUCAAGGGCCGGAAUAUAUAGAGCGAGGUUCCUCUGAAAAGAAAUAGAUAUCCAAAAUGCUGCUGCCUAC